AUGUGCCACACGCGCAGGGGCGAUGGACGGGAUCCGCUUGUGCCCGGGUGCGCAAUCCAAUCCCUGGUCGUCGCAUUCCUUGCGCUGCCGGCCCAGGAAUCCCUCGCCGAGGGACGAAUCUCGGCCGCCCUGGCUCACGCCUUUGACCGCGCGCUCGCUGCCACCGACCCGGAUGAUGCGGACGCCGCCUGGGGCGAUGCGAUCCGCAUCGACCCCGCCAACUCGGCAGCUUGGAGCAACCGCGGCACCGCGCGCCUCCAGGCCGGGAGGUGGGCGGAGGCGCGGGACGACCUGCAGAGGGCGCUGGAGCUGGAGGGCGGCGGGCGGGUGAGCGGCGUGCUGCUCAACAACCUGGGCAACGCGCGGGCGGCGACGGGGGACUGGAACGCCGCCAUGGCAGAUUUCUUGGCCGCGGCGGAGGACCCCGACGUCGGCGACAUCGCCCUGGCCAACCACGCACUGGCGGCCUUUCAGGUGGACAGGGUCGGCCAGGCUGUGAGGGAAGUAAGGGGACUCCUGCGAAGGGACCCAGCUUUUCUGGACAUGCGCUGCGCACUCGUGGCCUUCCUCUGGGCCUGCGGCCGCGAGAGCGAUGCUGAGGACGAGUGGGAGGCACUGCAGCAGGCGGGCGACGGCGCUGGAGAAUUGUUGUACAGCAGUUCCAAUGCAGUGAACAGGGUGAGAGGAAGGUGGCCGCCUCGUGCAACUGCCGCUCUGGAUGCCUUCCUCAAAGCCUCACGGAUGGGUGCCGCUCUCGACUACGACGGGUCGAAGAAGGAAUACGACUUCUCGAAAGGGGGAGUCUGCUGA